AUGAUCAUGUACGGAGAUAUCCCUUAUAUUCGCAUAACACGCUCAAUCCCUCGUGAAAUGAGAGAUAAAUUACCCCAGGAGUAUCUCUCAAUAAUGGAGACUACGAGGUUGCUGAAAGCCGAGCAUCUUCAUAAGGCUGUUUUGCAAUUGUCACUUCUUUAUCGCCACAAAUUUGGCGUACACUUCCCAGCUCUAAAUCUGCCGCCGAUACUAUAUCAUUAUAUUAGGAGACUAGCUCUUCCGGUUGACAUCUACUCCGCCGUGAAGAGACUGCAGGAUCUUCUUGGUUUUUCCUUCGAAUUCCCGAAAGGUCUUGCCAGCAGAAGUAGACCUCAUGACCUACCUGAAAUCCAAUUGGUCACCCUCAUCGUCAUAUCUACUAAAUUACUUUUCCCCUUCGACGACCUUAAAAGAUACCCUGCCUCGGCAAAGGAACCCGCCACGCAAGUCAUCGAUUGGAAGCACUGGGCUCAAGCCCAGAAACAGUUUGAUAGCCGAGAAACAGCUAGGGGCAGAAUUGGCAAAGGCAAUGAAAUUCUAGUGAAUGAGCAUGAUGUGUUUAACAUGACACCGAGUCAACUGGAUGAGUACAUGAAUUGGUACGAGAAUAACUGGCUCGACAAUAGCAAAGCGUCAAAUCCACUAAGCGAUUUAUUUCCCGUUGAGCCAACCGGCACGGACUCUCAAGAAGCAGCAGGUCCUCCGGAUGAAGAUGAUGAGGAGGCUAUAGGCUCAAUGCUACGAACAGUUACACAACGACUCAAGCCUCGGAAAGUUAUCACGGAGGGUAACUUGGAUGUCCCUCGACCAGGAUCAUCGUAUGUGCGGUAUAAAAUGGAGUCUGAUUUGCCCGAGAAUGCGCGACCUUUCUACGAAACGGCAGCAAAGGUGGUCGGAGUAUCAUUAUCUACCCUCGUACGAGCUGUAUCCCACGCAGAAUAUAAGAUUAUGCGAUGGCUUGAAGACCAGAGACGUAUUGAGCUCUAUGGAGAUGCUUCAGGCAUAGAGUUUGCGAAAUUCGACAGCUCUGAUGAUAUGGGUGAACAAGAUAUGACCGAUUCGGAUGACAGUCCUUCAUAUUAA